GUGGGCUCUCCUUCAGCCCUCUCAGACCCACAGCACCAGGAACUGCGCCAGGCUGCAGAGCAUCAUGGGAGGACCCUAUAUGUCCCCAGUGGUGCAUUGUGGGGAGGCCAGGAUAUCCUGAGACUCAAUGAUAGUGGAUCUUUAAAGGUGCAGGGAAGGAGGGAGGAGGAAAGAGGAUUUAACAAUUUCCUAAUUCCCUCCUCUGCCUCUGCUCUCUCCCUCUUUCUUACUAAUCUUCACGCCCCUCUCUGCUCUGUUCCUCUCCUCUUCUUUACUAAUCUCACGCCCCCUCCUCUCGUUUUUUUGCUUGAAGGCACUGUCAUCCGGAUGUCCAAGCACCCGUCCAGUUUCCGUCUGACAGGAGACGUGCUGUCCGAAUUGACCAGAGGAUGGGGGAGGCGGGUCUUAUUCAGUGGCUCGGUGGCAGAGCUCUGUCCCGUCGCCCUAAAACGUCAACACCAUGGCGGCAGCGCCAUCGCAGCGGGGACCCUGGGUUUCGCUGGCGUCCAGGGGGAGAUUGUGUCCGGAUACGGCACUAAGUGAUUACCAUGUGGUGGAAGGUGGAGGUU